GGAUAGGCGCAGAAAAAAAAAUCUCUGCUUGAACACAUACUUUUUGCUAUAUACCAUAAGCACAUAACUUCUUCUGGUACGUGCAUUAUAUAGCGAAAAAAUAUCGGUAUUUUUAGAAGAAAUUAUCUUUUUCCAUCCGACUGUCAGUAUCGAUCGUACUCUCCGCUGGAAAACAUCUAACGACCCACCGGGCAAUAAUACUAAAUUGUUAUAACUUUGCACACAACGCAUCGCACCCGAAGCACAAAGCACAAAGCUAGCUCAGGAUGAGUGAAACUAGGAAUCUCGCGACAACGUUCUUGAUCCUUAUCGGUCUUCUGUUCCUGCUUUGGCUCGUGUACGAAGGAUUCUCCUAAAGGGAUCCUGUCCUUCUGCGAAGGGAGCAACAAGCAUGUGUGAGCGAGAGAUAGUUUCAUUAGAAAGCAAGGAUGACGCGAGCGAGUGAGUGAAGGAUGACGCAGAAUGCACCUGCUGCUGUGCUGCUGCACCGUAUGGAUAAGAGCAAUGCACAAUCUACACCUAACCAAUUUCUUAAGAUGCACUUAGAUACUAGGAUUCCAGCUUGAUUUUUCGUUCCUCAUAAAGUCACCCAUCCAUUGCAUGCGGAGUGCACUUGGCACAUCUUCCAACAUUGUAGCACUGAACGUCAACACCAUCAGCGCCAUGAGAUCACCAGGCCUACUACGAUCGAGAUGCUGCUGGUCACCCUACAGCGCCCACUUGUUCAACUCUGAUAGACCAUCCGGUGAAGACGCUUCGGUAUCAAGAGCCUUACACGUACCGCAAAGUUUGUGUAAGCUGUUUUACUUGAAGUCUACCUCGGAAGUGGUUCAGGCAAUUUUCUUUCUCGACACGAUUACGCCUUCCAAAAACGGUAGCAGUAUGAAAAAGGACGAUAAACAUGUCAAGGACAGGCCAGAUCGUAAAGUAAUCCGUCACCCGAUGGGACCCAUCUCGACCAAAUCGAUCAUCAUCAACCUGAUCGUUGCAUUCUUCUUGUACUUGCUGCGGCGUUUCAUUGCUGGUGGGAAAAGUGCGAUAACCAAGUACAGCCGAUUCAUCAAAUAGAAGGCCUUCGCUAGCAAACGUUGGGCCUCUUCAUUCUUCAUCUUUCGCAUCCUUUAUGUUAAUUUUGUGUCGUACGUUAACCGUCAAAUAAAAUACAAGUAUAACGUUAUAAUGUUUAAAUAAAUGGAAGUGUUUUAUUUAGAUUGUUUA